AUGUCUCUCAAACGCAAAGCAGCCGACAUUGCUGCCGCUGAAGCAAAGAAGCCAAGAGCCAACAGCUCCAUCACCAGCUUCUUUGGCCCUCCCAAGUCCAACCCGUCAACGUCAUCGACCAACCCGUCCAAAGGUCCAACCGACCCUGCCCCUGCAGUCAAGUUUGACAAGGAAAAAUGGGUUGCCAGCCUGACCGACGAACAAAAGACUCUUCUCAAACUUGAGAUUGAAACAUUGCACGAAAGCUGGCUCGCUGUACUCAAGGAUGAAAUCACAUCCAAGUCAUUCAUUGACUUGAAGAAGUUCCUCAAGAGCGAAGCCGAGUCCGGCAAGAAGAUCUUCCCUCCGUCAGAAGACGUCUACAGCUGGUACGUCUGCUCGAGUUCUCCAUCAAGGUUGUGUCAACUACUAACACAGCCUUCAGGNUCGCGACACACGCCGCUGAGCACCGUCAAGGCAGUCAUCCUCGGCCAAGAUCCGUACCAUAACCUCAAUCAGGCUCACGGCCUCUGCUUCUCUGUCAGACCUCCGACUCCUGCUCCUCCAUCGCUCCAGAACAUCUACAAAGCAUUGAANAAGGAAUACCCAUCCUUUGAGCCUCCACCCAACAAAGGAGGCCUGCUCACACCUUGGGCUGAUCGUGGUGUCCUACUACUGAAUACUUGCCUUACCGUUCGCGCUCACGAGGCCAACUCACACUCCGGCAAGNNGGGUUGGGAGAAGUUCACACAAAAAGUCAUUGAUCUGGUUUGUCAGAAGCGUACCCACGGCGUUGUCUUCUUGGCUUGGGGAUCUCCUGCACAGAAGCGCUGUGCUGGUAUCAAUGGAUCAAAGCAUCAUGUUCUCAAGAGCGUCCAUCCUAGCCCUUUGAGUGCACACAAAGGCUUCGUAAGUUUUUCCUCUGCAAGGGCACGAAGAAAAGAACCAUCUGACCAGAUUUUANNGUUUGACUGCGGCCACUUCACCAAGGCAAAUGAAUGGCUCAAGGAGAGAUAUGGCGAAGAUGGUGUGAUCGAUUGGAAUCUCAAUGUUGCUCCUGAAGAUGCCGGCGUCUAA